AUGAUUCCAACCAGAGCUCUCAGUGUCCAACAAACAAUCGCUGAGUCGAAGUACAUUCUGACGGAAUUGACCAAUGUCAGACACCCGAAGAAUAUGGAUUGUUAUGGAAUUCUCAAAAGGAAGAAAGUCACGAUUUCAUGCUUCGAACGGGAAAUGGUUAAGAAGGAGAAUCGAUUCGAAAUGAGAUACACUCCAUAUGGAUCAAAAGAUCUUCCGAUCUACUUUAUGUUCUCGGACGAAAACCAAUAUCCAAACGAGUUCAAGCCAGCAACCAAAAGAAUGAAACUGGAGGACUACUCAGUGGAGCAACAGAUGCCAGUGGGCGCCUGCUGUAGUCCAGGAAGUGGAUUUACUAGAGAACUCAACAACGCUGUUCUCAACUUCAAUUGUCCGAUGCCCUCCUCAUCACUCACUGACACUUUCUCUUCAGACGCGUCCCCACCCUCGACAUCUUCCCGACCUCGUUCCAUGUCCGCCGAACAGGCUCAAGAACUUUUGAGUACACCAGUACUCGAUAACGUCUACCUGGAUACCAAAGACAUUGCCAGACAAAUGAAAAAGUGGUUCACUCUGGGAAUCUGUACCCAGGCCUUCUUCGCUGUAAAUGUUCUAGGAACGGUACGAAACCGUUUGCAUAGAGUUCUCACCAUCCCACGACCAUUCGAUUCUUUGAAGGCUGGAAAGGAAUUGUAUAUCAAAAUGUACAAUUGGUUGAAGCUAUCAGAAGAUGUGAAAAAAGAGAUUCUGUCGAUAUUUGGAAUCAACGAUGAAAAGCCGAAAAAGUUUAUGAGAGGUCCAGAAGACAUGGAGAGUUUUCCAGAUGAGUACGACUACCCAAAGCUGAUCACACAAAAACGAAAAGUAUCACUGGAAUCGGAAGUAGAUUGGUAG